GCAUUCUAUCUAUCUCACACUGCUCUUAGUGAUAGUGGCAGUGUCAGCGUACGUGUCUCGUCGUCGUCGGAAUUAAUGGCGGGUGCUUGGCGGCGGUGGCCGGUGGUGGUGGCGGCGGCGGUCGUGCUGGCCGUGGCGGCGCCGGUGCAGGCGGCGCCGCAGGUGCCGUGCUACUUCGUGUUCGGGGACUCGCUGGUGGACAACGGCAACAACAACGAUAUCGUGUCGCUGGCCCGCGCCAACUACCCGCCCUACGGCAUCGACUUCGCCGGCGGCGCCGCCACCGGCCGCUUCAGCAACGGCCUCACCACCGUCGACGUCAUCUCUAAGCUUCUGGGGUUCGAGGACUUCAUCCCGCCGUUCGCCGGCGCGAGCAGCGACCAGCUGCUGACCGGCGUGAACUUCGCGUCGGCGGCGGCGGGGAUCCGGGAGGAGACCGGGCAGCAGCUGGGGGCGCGGAUCAGCUUCAGCGGGCAGGUGCAGAACUACCAGUCGGCGGUGCAGCAGCUGGUGAGCAUCCUCGGCGACGAGGACACGGCGGCGGCGCACCUGAGCCAGUGCAUCUUCACCGUCGGGAUGGGCAGCAACGACUACCUCAACAACUACUUCAUGCCGGCGUUCUACAACACCGGCAGCCAGUACACGCCGGAGCAGUACGCCGACGACCUCGCCGCCCGGUACGCGCAGCUCCUCCGCGCCAUGUACAGCAACGGCGCCAGGAAGGUGGCGCUCGUCGGCGUCGGCCAGGUCGGGUGCAGCCCCAACGAGCUCGCCCAGCAGAGCGCCAAUGGCGUCACCUGCGUCGAGCGGAUCAACAGCGCCAUCAGGAUCUUCAACCAGAAGCUCGUCGGCCUCGUCGACCAGUUCAACACCCUCCCCGGCGCACACUUCACCUACAUCAACAUCUACGGCAUCUUCGACGACAUCCUCGGUGCACCCGGAUCCCACGGUUUGAAGGUGACGAACCAGGGGUGCUGUGGGGUGGGGAGGAACAACGGUCAGGUGACGUGCCUGCCGUUCCAGACGCCGUGCGCCAACAGGCACGAGUACGCCUUCUGGGACGCGUUCCACCCGACGGAGGCGGCCAACGUACUCGUCGGCCAGAGGACGUACAGCGCGCGGCUGCAGUCCGACGUGCACCCGGUGGAUCUCCGCACUCUCGCGAGCCUCUAAUUAAGCUCGAUCACAUGGCCAAAAAAUUGCUUAUAUAUAGUUAUAUGGCAAUUGCCAAAUAACAUUAUAGGUAUCAUGGAUUUUUUUUUUACUACAAUGUACAACGACGUGUAGUAGAUUCUUUUGAGAUCACAGUUAUUAUAUUGUUCUUCCAGUGUUCGGUUAGUUUGGUAAGGAUGUGUAAUUGGUACCUGAAUAUCUCAUUUUGCCUUGAACACAUGUACCGGGGUUUAGAAAACUAUGUGAUUAUCACGGGCUAUCACGUGCAGUAAUCU